AUCAACAGCAUUCCAUCUAGUGAUUUAUUUCGUUUACCUGUAUGGAUUACCAAAAGGGAUAAUCUUUGAUUGGCAUGCAGAUUAUGCCUGUGAACAAAUAGCAUGUACAUGUGUUGUGCGCAUUGGCCACUUCACUUUCACCAUGGCAGGUACCCUUUAUCAGCUUAUUGUUGCCAUGCUAAUUCUUGAGUACGAAGUUAAUGCCAACUUGUUUCGUUUCAAAACUGUUGAGACCGUUGCAUUUAAUGAGAACGAAUAUUCUUCUGAUGACAUGUUUUCGAAAUCUGAUGACAUUGAUCUGUCCAAACUGAUAGAAGCAGUCAAUGACAUCAAACAACGUCUGCAGGAACUGGAAACUGAGAAAGCUGAUCUCCUGGUAGCCUGUAACGAGGUAACCACACAGGCUGCACAGACAGCACAGGCUGCGAGCCAAUCGGCAGGGGCAGCAGCAACUGUAGAUACGUCACAUUUAGUGGUCAUCGGCCAGCUAGGAGGCGCGCAGUCCAAAAUCAGCCAAUUGAAAACGGCCGUUAAAAAGGAAUCCAGUGGGGUAUCCACAAUCAACACUGCAUCAGAAAUUAAAACUGACGUGAGCAACUUAACUAAGAUCGCGAAUGAGUAUACACAACGAAUUUCCUAUCUCAAGAAACAAACCGGUAACCUGAAAUCAAUGAACGCUCAACAAACUGACGUUGUAACAGGUUGUCCAAACGGCUUUACAGAAAUGGAAGGUCAUUGCUAUGGACAACCUUCUAUUACAGGACCUCAACCAAGGGCUCAUGCAAUCUGCGCCACAGUGGGAGGAUAUCUCGUACAACCGGAAACAAAAUCCGAAUGGGAAAAUGUCAGAAACUUUAUUGAUCAGCAUGAUAGCGAUAACGUGUAUAUCGGUUUGACCGACAUGGUGGUUGAAGGACAAUGGACGUGGAGUCACGGCGGUAAGUUGUUGUCCUCCGAGAUGAAAAAAUGGGUCUGGUCUCCACGGCAACCCGACAACUGGUGGAACUUAGAACACGUCAGCAACAUGGUCCGCAGGAAAGGUUUCUUCUUCAACGACGUCAGCUGGAGACAGAGGUUCUCUGCUGUUUGUGAAAUCGGCGAAGACAAAAAAUGAAAUGGGAAAUGAAAUGACAUCGAGGGAAGCAAAGACGAAGAAUUCCUUUUGAAAUAGACGAACAUCAGUGUGUUUUGUUCCUCCAGUUCCGGACUGUACCUUCCAUAGUAGGUAUAUCAAACAACAUAGUAUGUGUUGUCCUGUAUGUAGGAACAACACAAAUAAAAGAUUCUUAGCUGC